CCAUUUCAGUAUUGUGUAAAAUUCAGAUAAGGAAAUUUGUGAAAAUUGAAAAAUCGAAAUAUCUAUCAUUUAGAGUUAAUUAAAAUUCAAUAAGUUCAAAAAGUGUUGUAAUGAUGAUAGAACAAUGAAUUGCCAUCAAAUAUUAAGUGGUGCCUGCAAUGCUGGCGAUAGAUGUUUUGCCAUUGGAUCGGUGGAAGGAAUCCCAUUUACCGCUUACGCGGCAGGAUGCAACAUCGUUGUGCUUGCAAGCACCUUCGAACGUGUUCAAAUAAUCCCUGGGGCAACACAUGGAUACGUGAAGAUAUCAGCCUUGGAUUGUAGUACCGAUACAGGAAAAAUUGCAGCAGCUUAUGAAAAUAAAAUCUGUAUCUUUGAACCAACACCAGUAUUGCAAACGGAAAAACACUUCACGCAUUUUUUGGACUAUAGAUGGGUCCAAACUGGCUCUUUCAAUAGUCAUUCCCAUGUGAUUACUUUAUCGUGGAAUUUGGAAGGCACACGACUAUUAACCGGUGGUUCUACAAUACAAUUAUGGAAAGAAAAAUCGAAUGAAUUCACAGAUGACGAACCAACAAGUGUUAAAUUCGUUAUUGGAGGAGAUCGUGAAAAUAAAACUCCUACUAGUGAGUCGGUGGAAAAUGCAACAAAUUGGGAGAAUAUUUGGUCCUGCCAAACGGCAAUACCAAUAUAUCACAUGGCAUUCAGCCCUGAUGGUACUUUGUUUGCGACUUGCGGCCGUAAUGACAGACUAGUUAAAAUCUGGUAUGAAAACAAGCAAAUAUUGUUUCCGUCAAAAAAUGGUGCAAAGUCCAUAGUCAAGGAUGAUACUAACGAUUUGAAUUUUACUUAUAUAUAUAUUGCACAUCCUCGUGCAGUUACUAACAUAAUAUGGCGAAAAACUAGCAAAUAUAUGCCGAAGGGAUCAGUUUCGAAUAUGAUUGUAACAUCCUGUCUUGAUAAUAUAUGCCGGGUUUGGAUAGAAACUGUUUUGCCCGAUGAUGGAUUGAUAAACAUGUCCCAAUUUGACCCUCUGGCGAUUCAAAAUCCGAAAUUUAGAACUCACCGACAUAAACAUCGUUUUAUGCAAAGGUUGAAACACAUGAAAACUUGCUUUCACAUACGUCGACAUGCGAAAAAUGGAACAAACGUUGCUGUUGGUAGCGGUGAUUUUAUGACAAACAAUUAUCCGGGGCCAAUUCCCUCGUUGCCAUCAUCGUGCAGUGUUCACGAUUUUCAUUCAUAUGGGUUCCAUGGUAAUGGUAUAUCCCAAGGUAUGCACUUCCAUUUGGCAGCUUCAAUCAAUGCGGAAACAGACAUUCCUUUGGUUCCUUCAAUGCAGUCAACUUCCGAUUCGUCGAAUCAAAACAAUUUUGUUCUUCAUUGGUUGAACAACAAGGAAAUGGAUUUUACCAUUCAGGCUGAAGCUAUUCUUCAAGAGCUAACAAAGAAGGUCAUUCACGAGGAAAAUAUCAAUGCUGGCGUUGUAAAUGCGUCGGAACAUAUCGAUAACCUUUCAAAUGGGGGCGCUUCAAAAAAAAAGUAUAUGAAGACUACAUCGAAAUCAGUUUCGGUCGAUGACAACAGUACAGUGGGCGAUGAAAGUAAAGCUUCUAAUUUUCAAAACUAUCAAACUGGUUUGCAAAAUGUCAAUUCGAUGUCGAAUACUACAUCGUUAAAUUCCCUAAACAACGAUAGUUCUGUCGUUAACCAAUUGACGGAUUCACUGGAUAUAAAAAUUGACUGUUUACUUCGUGACUGGCACCAGAGUCCUGAUUUGCUAUUUGCCAUUCACCCUGUAGAUGGCAGUUUCUUAAUUUGGGUUGUGGAAUGGUUGGACGACUUCUAUCCUGGCUCUUUUCGUCAAGCACAGGUUUCAUUUUCAACGCGAAUUCCCAAUGCAUUUCCUCUCGGCGAUUCAAUGUCAAUGUCAACCAUGGUUAGUUUGUACAAUACUGGGACGCAUCCCUUGAUAUUCCGAGAAAUAGCAAACAAUGUAAAGAGUAAAGACCAUGAUAUUCUAAGCGAAGAAGAGGAUAUGUCUAUCAAAGAUGAAUCUAUUGCAGAGGAAAAUGAAGAAAAUUCCAGUGAUGACAAAGAAAUGAAAGCUAGCAAUGGGCACGACAGUGACAAUUGUGAAAAGUUCGAUGAAAAAGUGAAAAGUUCGACUAUUGCCACUACUAUCUCCCCCUCUGUCUCCAUGGUUACCAAACAUUCAAACGGAACCUUAAAUUUGUGGCAGUUGUCCUUCGCCUACAAAACAAGGUUUACGCAGGUUCUAAGCAUUGGUCAUGUAAGUCGAGUCUCUGGUCACCGGUUCCGGGUAAAUGAUAUCAACUGUCACCCGGUUUUGCCACUGCUCGUGUCGACGUCGCAUCAUAAUUUAUCAGAAUUUGACAACAAGCCAACGGCAAAUACAUCCAACUUAGACCCAAAUGGCGUAGAAAACGUCUUUACAACAUCUGGAUUCUGUUCUGAGCUAAUUCUGUGGAGGGUGGACUCGGUUGGCCCAUUGUGCCACUCUGGUGGCGUUAGUGAACUUGCUCGCAUAAAUUCUCCCGAGAUCUCGGCAUUCAGUAAUGUCGCCUGGAUCCCCACGUUGUUGCCCAGCACUACACUAGGUGGCUACAGCAAUUCUCCGUCAGCAUGUUUUGUAGCAAGCGAUGGCGAACAUUUACGGGUAUAUCAAGCUGUAAUCGAUGCUCGAACACUGCUCGCAGAAAUUUCUUCGUCCGAAAGUAUUACAAAGCUACAAAAAUCUACAUCUUUAUCUUCGCUGUAUUCAAAUGCAUCAUCGACUAUAAAGGGGGUAAAAUUUUCCCUGCACGACAAACUUAAAGUAGUUUCGCAACAAUCUACCGCUCGUCCCGGUUGCAUAAUUCAACUUGACCCAAUUUCCGAUGCUAAACAUGAUUGGCAGAACACACAGUUCUUACACGUGUUUCAAGCGCAACUGAUAACGGGUGGUGACAUACCCAAGUCAGAAAACUGCAAACCAACUAAUCGUGCCAACAAGAGUGACAUGGAUGCUAUAGUAGACUUGCAACAAAAUGCAGAAUUUGAAGAACCUUUUUAUAUUGUUAUAAUUGAAAAAACUCUCAAGGGCAGCACAAUUCACAUGUGGCGUAUUGUGAUUUCAUCGAAAGAGCAAAAGGUACUACUACCCGAGACUGCGAUGUAUGUGCCUGAUAGUAAUCUUACACAGGAAGCGGAAGAUAUCGAUGCGUAUCGGAAAAUGUCAGAAAUAAACGUCGAUUUGAACAACCAGAAGAAACCAACCGAGCCAACUAUAGAACCUCCUCAUAUAGUAAUAACAACACAAAAGGUUUGUACCCAAGAGUUUCCGCUUCCCGAGGGGGUAGAUGUUAUACACGCUUCGCCGGCUGCGGGCCACUUAAGUUCAUCCUCAAUAUACCCUGCGUGUUAUGCGCCUUAUAUAAUUGUGACAGCUUGUUCCGACUCAAUAUCGAGGUUCUGGAAAUGCGAGGCGAUUUCUAAGCACAAACGUGGUCUUACUGAUACAAGCAAUCAAUAUGUAUGGUCAGAAUGGAAGAUGUUUAGUAAAAAACAAGAUUCUGCUAUAGAUAUUCCAGGCCAACCAUUGAAUAUAAGCGCAGCCUAUUCGGGGAGAAUUGCCUGUGCCUACAAAUACGGCAAGAGUUUUACACGUCCCAGUAAAAGUGGGGAUCCUGACUCUAGAUAUAUAAAUCUGUGUGUCGGAAUUUUCGAAUGUGAAAGUUCGGGAGGUAGUGAAUGGGUACUCGAAGAUACUAUUCAUCUUAAAAACAUUCACUUGCCGCGGAUCAACAUUGAUCAUGGCAUAGAUUUAAGUUACUUGCAUGACAACCGCAUUUUGCAAAAGAAACAGCGCUUAAAUCAGGUAUUGCACAAUUUCACGACCCACGACGAAACACGGUCGCCCCGAAGUGGAGACUCCACACCAGAAACAAAUGUAAAAAACCAUACCAGUCUUCUUGCUGUACCCAGUUUCAGUACAUUACAGUCUCUUAGAAAAAGUAUUGCUGAAAAUGGAAAUACCUGUCCUCUUACACAAAAGCACUUAGUUCAACUUGAUUGGGUUUCUAAAGAAGACGGUUCCCAUAUCCUAACCGUGGCAGUUGGUAGUAAAAUUCUUUUGUAUACACCAGUGUCAUCAGAUAUAGCCCAGGCAAAUAUAAAAGCAAUGAAGGAAUCACGAUCGGCGAAUCGUCCAAUUUUACGCAAGGCCAGUUCUUUAGCUCAGCCACAUUUCAAUGAUGAAAUUCGUUGGAUGAAAUUAAGGCAAAUCGAUUUGCAAACUGCAGAUGGCCUGCCUCCCCUGCCAAUGCAGAUUUCCUGGGUUCGUGACGGCAUAUUGGUAGUUGCUAUGGAUUCUGAAAUGCAUGUAUAUUCGCAGUGGAAACCCAGGUUUUGCCAACAGCAUAGCGUCGAAGACGUUCUCGACAACAGAAACUUAAGGGAUGAAGACCUGCGAUCAAUUGCAAAUGAGUCGUCCAAACUUCGCAUUAAGAGUGCUGCGUCGAUGCCGCUUAUGAGUAAAGUAAGCACGGCCAACUUGCAGUUGCUUUCCAAAGAAUCCAAAAAGAAGGUGACGGGAACGAGUUCCAAUAACGUCCAAAAUUCGUCCGAUGCUGCACCCAUAAAUGAAGACUAUAUGACAGACUUUGGCUUAUUUCAAGCCUCCCGCAUUGCAUGUCCGGUUUUACCCCAAUACCAUCCCAAACAGUUGAUGGAACUGCUGAAUUGUGGUAAAAUACGUUGGGUAAAAGCAAUUCUUGCUCAUUUAGUUCGUUGUUUAAGCGUUCCAAGUCUUAAAGGCAAUAAUGACAACGAUGAUGCAUCAACAACACAGAAAUCAUGGUCGAGAUCAAGAACACUUUCAAUAAGCUACACCCCAGAUACUACGGCGCAAUCAGAUCACCGAGGUUCAACUACCCAAAUUCCAGAAGAACUGAUGUUGGAUUACGCUGAGAUAACAUCAAUACCACCACUUCCUCUGUGGGUCCUCCUAAAUGCGGAUAAGGAAUUGUCAUGUCAAGGACCCGUUUUGUCAGAGGACUCCAAGGGUUAUGAUCAACUAUUUGAAAUGGAUACGGCGGAUGAUAGCUUGGAUGAUCUGCUGGAAAAUGAGAAUGACUAUAAACGAACAGAUAGACGCCUAUCGAUACCAGAAAAGCAAAAUAUAUCACAUUUUGGACCACGCCAAGGUCAAAUUCUUUCCCGACUUCUUACACAUACUCAUCUUCCUGGCCUCUCCUCACUUGACCAAAUGCAUCUGCUCGCGUUGGCCGACACCGUGUCCACUUGCAAUACAGAUUUUUCUGAAAAGUUCAUUACAGAGUCAGGGAAGUCGGCAACAAAAGACACAUCUGGUAAUGGUUUAACAGAGUCCUUGGAUGAUUGCGGCCUGAGAUUUCUCUUAGCAAUGAAACACUACUCUUAUCUUCUACGAUGUUUGCCCUUAAAUCAGCGAACACAGUUCCAAAAACAUGGAAUUGGCACAUCGAAUAUUGUAUGGGCUUUUCAUUCGGAAAGUGAAGAGGAACUGCUAAAUUUGAUUCCGUCAUAUAAGAAGGGCGAUCUGAAAUGGUCUACACUUAGAGAUUUGGGUGUGGGAUAUUGGGUUCGUAACAUAAAUAUCUUGCGACACUGUGUAGAAAAGCUUGCUAAGUGUGCUUAUCAACUUAAACAAGAUCCCCUUGAUGCAGCUUUAUAUUAUUUGGCAAUGAAAAAAAAGUCAAUCGUUUGGGGACUCUUCCGUUCUAAGCGCGAUGAGAAAAUGACGCAGUUCUUCGCCAACAAUUUCUCCGAAGAUAGAUGGCGAAAAGCUGCAUUGAAGAAUGCUUUCGUGUUAUUGGGUAAGCAACGCUUUGACCAUGCCGUUGCUUUCUUCUUACUAGCUAAUUCAUUAAAUGAUGCUAUAGAAGUAUGUAUACAAAAGUUGGACGAUUUUCAGUUGGCUCUCAUAAUAGCCCGUCUAUAUGAAGGCGAUAUUGACAUUAAUACCAAUUCCACAUAUAGAAAACUACUAACCGAACACGUUUUGGGAAGCGAUCAUGAUUCACUGAAGUUUAACAUAGAGAAAGCCCACCCCGAUCCAUUUUUACGUUCAAUGACAUAUUGGAUUAUGAAAAGGCACCAGGAAAGUCUCAACACUUUAUUGCUCUCGGGAGUCGGCCAGUGUCACGCUGCUUUUAAAGAGGAAGAUAUGUUUAAGCCUGAAAGUCAGUCAACAAAUCCAAAUGUUUUUAACUUUUAUAUAUACUUAAGAACGCACCCACUACUGGUACGUCAAAACCUUGCAUUGUCUGCUCAGGAGAAAAAAAUAUCACAUGUUGUGUUGUCUGGGUUCAGUUACUCUGGAGAUGUCACCAAAAAUGCAAAUGACAAACAGGUUCAGAUAGAGGAUUCGAUUAGCUCAAUAGAAAGGCAACUGUACUUUACAACAGCACAUGGUCAUUUCAAAGCGGGAUGUCCCGCUUUAGCAUUGGAAGUUUUAAAUAAGUUGCCCACUAAAGUAAUCGAUUCAUCAGACACGGAAGACAUCGAUUCACCUAGCAGUAUUGACAAUGAACUUAUCAAGAGUGGUAUAAUUGAUUGGGAACAUCAGACUUCCGCAGAUAAAGCUUUAAUGUCAUCAGCAACAGACUUGGAUUGGGGUUCUCCCUUGGCCCUGCAGAAAAAGGAAGACGAACCAUUUAAAAUAGAAUGGGACGAAGAUGAAGAUGGGGCUCAAGACAACGUCGGUGAGAUGUUUGAAAAAGGAGACAUCCCACCGGCAAAGGUUAAAAAAGAUGCCAUAAUCACCGCCAACAAAAUUACGAAAAUAGAUAUAAUGGCACAACAACUAAAAUUUGUAGCCUGUUUAAAAAUUCUAAUGGAAGAAUUAUCGACCCUUGCCACCGGCUUUGAAGUCGAUGGAGGUCAAUUACGAUACCAACUUUAUAUAUGGCUGGAGAAGGAAGUAGAAGCUCUUCAGCAAUUAUGCAAUUACUGUAAAUUUGAUUCUUCGAAUUUGAACAACACAUCAGAAAUUCUGAAGGAAAAGGACAAUUCAGUUUCCUACAUCCUGUCAGAGAAACCUACACUACAUGAAAUACUAUUACACGAAAAACACGAUUUCGAGGCGAAAGUGAUGAGAGCUGCAAAGAGAAAGAAAUGGUUAAAAGCCAACGAAACCUUGUUAAGGACGUUAUUAAGUUAUUGUUCUCUUCACGGCGCUAGUGGUGGAGGUCUGGCUUCUGUCAGAAUGGAAGUUGUUCUUCUUUUGCAAGAACUACAACAGGAAAAAACACAGCAACAGCUUCUAAGCCCCUUACCAUUUCCAACCACUCUUCCGCUAUUGAGUGCAUGUGUAGCAGGAAACAAAACCGUAAUAGCUGAUCCAAUAAAAUAUUUACAGUCCCAAACUAUAGAUAUGCUUCAUAGCGUAAUAAAUUUUUCGCCAUUUGUCGGACUGGACACAAAUGCUUUCUGCGAAAUUUUUAUUAUAAGAGAUCUUGCUGUAGCUUUGUCAUCUUGUAUCUACCAAUCUCUUUGUGAUUCGGAAAGUUUCGUGGUGCAUAAUUCAUUCCAAAACGGAUUUCAGAGCCCUGGUAUAGAAAAUAUAGCCAAACUUAAUUCCUCCUUCGAGUGCUCACACCUCAUUGGUAAUACCAACAUUUAUAAUAGAAAACGUAUUUAUUCGAUGGAUGAGCCUACCACUGUAUGUACAACACCAUCCAGAUGGCCAGGAGUAGCCAAUUUAAGGGCUUUGUUGGCAAGGGAAAAAGAUGAAGACAUCCCUAAGCUUAAUGUUCUACUACUAGAAAGCUUUAUAGCUACUUAUGUGUCCUUAGCUACCUACGCUCUUGUUACUUGUGACAGCCGCAUAUUGUAUAGACUUAUUGUCCAUAACUUCACCAUUGAGACAUGGUCUACUAUAUUCGGAGGUGGAAUGAAAAAACUAUUAAGGAAAGCUACAUGCGAAAAUCAAGCUGCGUCAUAUGUUUCAUCUGAGGAGCAAAACGACGAUAAUAGCGUGUGGAAUAGUGUGACAUCGUCCAUUACAAAACAACGUGUCAAACUUAAUAUGAAGAUACUUGGCAACUUUGCUAGUAAUAAUUCGUCAACAAAUAUGAAGGAAGAUAAGCCAACAUACAGGGAACAGUUCGUUCCUCCGGAAAUGUCCAUGCUUUCCUACUUUUUGGCAAAACCAAAGUCGAAUGAUUUCGAUGACUAUGAUACUGACGAUCCUUAUGAAUCGGAAAACGAAGGUGAGGAAGAUGAUGUAAUUGGAGCCUCUUCUAAUGCUACAAACAAGGAAAGAGACAACAAAGAACAUUUGGACCCUACAUCGUAUUCGUGGUGUAUUUUAAGAGUUGCAAUAAUGAAAGUAUUCAUUAAGAAAGUUCAAGACUUUGUCAACGUUUCAGGCAUCGAAAUACAAGAUCUACCUGUUUUGAGUCCACUGUCGCAUGAGGUUUUAAGGGCACUCAAUAAAUGGCAAGAAGUGGCAUUAGAAAUUUUACUUUCGAAAGGGCCCCCAUCAGAGGAUUAUAUUCCAGGAUGUUUUGCUAACAGUGGAGUUCCUGGUCUUUCCAUACACCGAUAUAGAUCACUUUUAAGUAAGGACAAUACACCGUUCUCAGCCAGCACAGCAGCUGGACCCGUUCGUAGAUUAUGGAAUUUUCUUGUGAGGCAAGAUGAAGCUCAGGAUGUGUUUAUUAAAGUAAUUUUCGGGAAAAAAAUGGACGGCACAUUUAAAACUCACAGUAACGCAUAUGAUGUGGUUGAUAAUGCUGGAAGUUCGUCUACCAAGGAAGCUAAUGAACCCAUUCGAAUUAUACACAAAGAUCAUGAAUCAAUUUUAGCUUUUUGCUUAAAUAAUAGCUCUUCAAGCAUGAUCGCCGUUGCUAAUCCAAGAGAAGUCCAAGAGUUUAAUAUAUCACUUUUGCUUGAAUCACCCAAUUGGUAUGAAGAUGAAUGCGAUUACGACCUAAUGAAUAUCUCUAAGGACAACGAAACUGGCUCAAGUUCCGGCUUUUUAAUGAUUCAAAGCUCAGAACAAACUCCUUUUGCCUCGUCACAGGAAUUGACUUACAACACAAAUUCAUCGCAGUCUGGUCGUGGCACUGAUCUUAUAUUAAAACACAAAAUUGACAAUGUUAAACGUAUGAGUUCACAUCCUUUAAUGCCGUUGUAUUUGACCGGAGGUCAGGAUGGAUCAGUUCAAAUUUGGGAAUGGGGUCACCAACAAGUUGUUUGUACACCGCGAGCUUCUGGUACGUUUGCUAAGGUCACAAGAUGCAGAUUUUCUGAACAGGGCAACAAGUUUGGUAUCGGGGAUGGUGACGGAAAUUUAAGUUUAUGGCAAGCAGGUAUUGCCUCACAGAAUAAUAAGUCAUUCUUUACAUACCAAUGUCACAACAAGACAUUAUCAGAUUUUGUGUUCUUGGGAUCAUGCAGUUUACUUGCAACUGCUGGUCAAAGCUCGGAAAACAAAAAUAUUAUUGUUUGGGACACAUUACUUCCACAAAAAAAAUCUUGUGUAAGCGCUUUCACCUGUCACGACCAAGGUGCAUCCUGCUUCGUGUUUGCCCCGCAGCAUCAGAUACUUAUAUCCUGCGGUAAGAAAGGAGACAUCUGUAUUUUUGAUAUGAGACAAAGGAUUUUAAAGCAACGUUUGCAGGGCCACGAUAGCGCAAUUAAAUGUAUUAGUCUCGAUCCCCAUGAGGAAUUCUUUGCUACUGGAUCUAUCGAAGGAGAUAUAAAGAUUUGGAGCCUCAACCAAUUUACGCUGAUAAAAGCGUUUUCUGGGGAACAUGCUAAAAAUAGUUUCUUCAAACAAUUUGGACAAGGUGUCAGCCAAAUUCAAAUUGAUGCUUAUGGCAGAAUAUUUUCCUGUGGCUCCGAUGGAUGUAUGAAAGUUCGGCAAUUAUUUGAAAAGGACACUAUUGUUCAAACUAUGUAUUAAACAAAUGACGUAUAUUAAUAAUUGUUCUUAUUUGUUAAAUGUUCAAAAAACCGAUAAUUUUAACAAUAAAUAAUGUGUUACAUAGUAAGUAAAACAUA